AUACUAACUUUCCAAAAAGCCUCUUACCAACCUAAACUCAUCAUGCCUUCUAGAAGACAAAAUCCUCCUCGUCAACGAGGUGUUCGGGACAUAGAAAUGGAAGAACUACGAAAAGUUCGUCGUCGACAACGUCCCCAACAAAAUGCUGCUCCCAAAUCCACUGACCUUGGCAUCAAAAUCGAUAUUCCAGAUUUUGAAGGUUGCCUUCAACCAGAUGAAUUUAUCGACUGGUUACACACUGUGGAACGUGUGUUUGAACUCAAGGAUAUUCCUGAUGACAAGCAUGUGAAGCUCAUCGCCAUCAUUAAAGAAACAUGCAUCCAUUUGGUGGGAGAAUCUCAAACAGAGUUGAGAAAGAGAACAUUGAGGGUUGAAAAGCAAAUCUCAAAGAUGAAUAUUACUAUUGCUUCAAAACCACGAGAUUUUGAAGCUAGCCAAGGGACCCAAGCCUCAAAGAUUGUUGCUAAGACACUUGCCACAGUUGAGAAGGAAGCUAGUUCAAGCCGUCCAGCCCAGCCUAACACUCGAACAAAAAAGGAGAUUAGUGACGAGAUUAAGCCACAACUUGUGAAAGAACUCAUCGCAGCUGACCAUGGAGAAUCUUUGGUUGUGCGUCGAAGUCUUCAUGGUACCAUAACCAAGGAUGAAGAUUGGCUUCGACAUAACAUCUUUCACACUAGAUGUACUUCUCGGGGGAAAGUUUGCAACAUCAUCAUUGACAGUGGAAGUUGUGAGAAUGUUGUGUCUAGUUAUAUGGUUGAGAAGCUAGGACUGCCAAUCAAAGAUCUUUCCCAUCCAUACAAGUUACAAUGGCUACGAAAGGGAAACGAGUUUGACAGAAAGGCUAUCCAUGAUGGCCAUGCCAACACCUACGCGUUUGUGAAAGAUGGUGUGCAAAUCAAGCUCACUCCCUUGAAGCUUAAAGAUUUACUUGAAAAGAAGGAUGAGGACAAGACCUUAAUCUCUAGAUCGACCUUAAUCUCUAGAUCAACUUCUCAGAAGUUGCAUCAAGAAUUGAGGAUAGCUUGUCUCUUGCUAUUAUCUAAAGUGAAUGAUGCCACUUCCCCUUUUCCAGAGGAAAUUCGAUCUCUCCUUGAAGAAUUUUCUAAUGUUGUUCCUGAUGAGACCCCUCAUGGAUUACUGCGAACUCAACGAAGCAAGGAUUCUAUCAUGGUUGUGCCUACAAGACCAGACUUCCAGAAUUUUUGGAACUCCAAUUCACUCCCCUCUUGGAGUACAUUGAGUCAACAGGACAUAAUUUGAAAUUUUUAUUUAUUUCUUUGGAGCUUUUGCAUGAUUACAUUCAACUGAUAAUCAUCAACCUUGGAUGGUAGUGGAAUUUUGAGUCAGCAGAACCAAGAAUCCGGAGCAGCAUAAAGCACGCAUUACUCA